AUGGAGACGCUUUUACGCAGCAUAGCAACUUAUCCAACUCCAAAACAGAUACUGUUUCUCAAUAGUAACCAAAAUACAAGCUUGUUUACUGCAAAUGGUAGUCGUUCUUUUUCUUCAAGGUCAUUAUUCCCUUCACUGGGAUUAAGAAAAUCAGUGGUAGUUGAAGCCAAAAAGAGCAACAAAAGCAAUCGCAACAAGAAGAAUAAACAAGACACUCAUAGCUUUGUCGCCAAACCAGACGAAGCCGUUGGACCUUUCCCUGAAGCUGUUUUGCUUAAAGAGAAGAAAGUGCAGGACGAUGGUAGAGUUUUGCCUGAGUUUGCUGAUGCUGAAGAAGAGAAGCUCUUUGAAUUUUUGAACCUUGAUCUGCAGAGUCAAUUGAAAGUGGAGCGAAUGCGCCAUUAUGAAGUGGUUUAUCUGAUCCAUGAGAAGCAUGAUGAAGAGGUUGGCAGUGUUAAUGAGAAAGUUCAAGAUUUUGUGAGGGAGAAGAAAGGCAGGAUAUGGAGAUUCAAUGAUUGGGGCAUGCGAAGGUUAGCAUACAAGAUACAGAAAGCCAAAAAUGCUCACUAUAUCUUGAUGAAUUUUGAGUUGGAAGCCAGAUGGAUAAAUGGCUUCAAGGACAUGUUAGACAAAGAUGAAAGAGUCAUUCGGCACCUCGUGAUAAAGAGGGAUGAAGCAAUCACAGAGGAUUGCCCACCCCCACCUGAGUUCCACACUUUGCGUGGAGGUAUGGAUGACUAUGAUGAAGAGGAUGGUUUAGAUUAUGAUGAUGAUGACAACGAAGCAGAUGAGGAGGAUUGGGAUGCUGAGACCGAGGCUGAGAUGGAGGGCUAUGAUGAUGAAAUGGAAAAUGGUGUUAUUUCCCUGAACAGCAAUGAAGAAGAUGAUGACAGCGGCAACAUGGAUAGACAUGGUAAAUUGGCUGGUGCAAGUAGCUCAGGGAAAAAACGGAUACCUGAGAAAGUUGGUAGCUAG